AUGACAGAAAUUAUUGAAGAGAAAAAACAUUUUCAAACUUUUCCCCGACGUAAAGGACGGAAAUCUGACGUUCAUAGCGAAAAGCACAAGUCUAUAUCUGCUGCUAAAUUAAAAGCAUUAUCCAAACCCAAGCAUCGACCACCAGUAUUAGGACGAAAGAAUGUAAUAUCUGAAAGAGAAUGGUGGAGAAAGGAAAUUAAAGACACUCCCGAACCUGGGGCAUAUGAUAUUCCAACUUUUGUCGAUGAUCUACAUCGUAAGCAGCAGUGCUAUAGCUUUAAAACAGAGUCUCGUGAAAAGAGAUUACCACUAAUCCUAGAAUAUAGCAAAAGCGGUCAACAAUUAUUACCUGGAGCUUAUGAUAAAGAAGAUUUUCUAGAUGUAUUACAAAGAUCGCGUAGAACAUAUUCUUUUAAAAGUGUUGAUAGAGAAAAGAACGCUAACAUUGGCGUUUAUGACAAGGAAGUAGAUACUAAUCCAGCACAAUAUGAAAUUGCAGAUUUUGCAAUUCACAAAGAACCAUCUAGACAUGCAGCAUUCAAGUCUGUCAUCAAGAGAUUCCCUCCCGUUCCUUUUAGACCGGCAUAUGGACCUGGGCCUGGCGAAUAUCAAAUCCCAGAAAAAAAGAGCAAUACAUCAUGUGUUUCAAGCUUUAGAUCAACUAUUCCGCGAUUAUCAUCAUCAAGCACCAAAGUACCCGGACCAGGAAGUUAUCUACAAACUUAUCAAGAUCCAAAUAUAAAUGAAAUAGAGCGAUCUAAAGGAGUAUGUGGUUCAUUUUUUCAUACGAUUGCACCUAGCAAGAAGUAA